AUGACCUUAUCAGCUAGAGGGUCAUCCAAUAGAGGUGGAGGUAGACGUUGGAAGCCUUUGUUUCAGCAUCUCCCUGUGGUGCUCAUUGGGCGAAGUCACCCUGAUCAGGCAUUGGUGGGAUAUCAGCUUGGUUUGGCUGUGGUUGCUGCUAUUUGGACUGCUCCUACUAUUGAGCUCGGUGAUGCUUAUCCUCCAGAACAUGUGCAUCAUUCAAGGGGAGGAUGGAGCUAUCGAUGGAACUAA